AUUGUAUUUUAUUUUUCUUAUAGUUUCAAGGGAUUGGGUAUCUCCAUACAUGCCUUUUCCCGUUACCCAUAAUCGAGAAGAUUUUCUAUAUUUUCGUCUUUAAAGAUUACCGCUGUUUAUCUGAUAUUCAGUGUAGGGUUUGUUUUUCUUUUUUCUGUUUCGGUUGUCCCCCUUUCAUAUUUAUUUAAUUCCAAAUGGAUGUUCGCUUCGAUAGCUGGUAGCAGAAAAUAUGCUCUAUUUAAGGGAUCUUUGGAGAAGGCAUAGGAGGAAGGUUUUGGUUACAGCAGGUGUUUUUGGAAGUGGGUAUUUGUUGUAUAAGCUAUAUGAUGCUCACAAACGCAGGCUUACUGAUUUGGAAAGGCAAGUUGCAAGAGAGAAGGAAAAUGAUGAAUUCAUUAAAGCCCAAAUGCAAGUCCAUUUUGACAACAUUCAACGAAUUGCUGUUACAGCAACAUUGCCUCAUGCAAUGCACUAUUUAAGUUGUCAGAUAGAUGAAGAUUUGAACCUUUCACAUCUUACAGAUAGACUGAUGAAAGGGAAGGUUCAGCCCAACAGUUUGUCUUCUUCAGAGAAACUUGAAUUAUGGGAUAGACUCAAAAUUUUAAGUUUUACUAGAAUGGUGGUGUCAAUAUGGGCAGUAACAAUUCUCAGUUUAUAUAUUAGAGUUCAAGUCAACAUUCUUGGAAAACAUUUAUAUAUCGAUACUGCAUGUGGUCUUGGAAGCUCUCAUUUACUUGAGGAUGCUGAUCCAAUUGACAGGGAUGACCAGCAAAAAUUUCUGGCAAGUGCUGACUUUCUUGCUAGUCAUGGCUUGCGAAAAUUGAUUUGCGGUAUGCAGACAGCAGCAACAGAAGUUUUGAAAGCAGAGCAGUUGAGGGAUUUCUUCAAUACUGCAAUACUUCAUCAAACUAUCAUGCAGAUACUUGACAUGUUCCUUAGCAUGGGAAGUCCUCAUCACUGGGUGGAUUGCAUGAUGCCCGAGGACCCAAGAUCACACAAGCUUGCCAAAACAUCCAGCAGUGGUGAAACAAAUCCUCUUGAGUUUACACAAUUUGAUCAACUUAUGGUUGAGACUCGAGAAGUAGUUUCAAGUGCUGAAUUUGGUAAUGUUGUUGAAUUAUCAUUAAAAGCAGUAGCGAAAGCCCUGGUGGAGGAUAAGAGCUUUCAAUCUGGAGGAGGCAGUCUAACAAACGGGAUGCCACUAGCUAGACUUUUGCCUCGAAUAGCACAGAUAUGUCCGUCUUUGGUUGAGGAACCAAGCAAAAACCAGUUUAUCAAAAUCAUACAAAAUGUUCCAGAAGUAGGGCUCUUCUUCACACUCCUCUAUUCCAGUAUGUCGGCCUCAUAGAGACCAUGUUUGUAAUCUUAAUUCACAUUUAAUUUACCAAAGGGCAUCUGCACCGAUGCAAAGAUUCUCCAAAUGGGGCUAGGUUUGAGGUUCAAAAUCAAGUUGCUGAAGGAGCUAAUGAUUAUUCCACUAGUUUGUAUUGUUUUGGGUAUCAUGUUGGUUAUUUGUUUGAAAUGUUGCUAAAAUGAAGGCUGAGAUUAAGGGGCAAGGGGCUUUACAUUUAUCAUUUGUUAUCUGCUUUGAAAUUAUAGGUGAGACCAAGUCAUCAAAGGUCAACAUGGUACCAUGUAUUUCGUUGAUAUGCUGCUUGCUUCUGCCA